UCCUUCCUCACUCACUCUAUUCUCAGCGUAUCCGUGGACAUGACCAGCAGCCUUGUGAAGGCCACGCACCGGACCAGGGAGUGUGAAGAACAACAAUGCUUUAAUUUAAAGUAAAGCAGCGCCUAUAUGUUUUUUUUAGCUUCAUCACCAAAGAAGAUACGUUUGUAGGAGGAUACAGAAUAGAAAAAAAACACAUUUCCACUUGGAUUAUUAUUCUUUUUUUUGAUCUUCGAGGCUUCCAAAGGGAAAAAAGAAAGCUUUAACAUCGUGAAGAACGGAACCGAAGAAUAACCAAAAUGAAGCCAAGGCUCUUCCUGGUCUGUCUGGCAUCGCUCUGCUGUCUGAGUGUCUGUCUGGCCUCAGAACUCUCUUUCCUGCAGGAGCCCAAUGACGUGAUUGCGGUGAGGGAUCACCCUCUCAUGCUGGACUGCCGGGUGCAGGGCGACGAGCCCAUCAUGGUGACGUGGCGCAGGAAUGGCGUGCCUUUGCCCACCAGUCCGCGGGUGCAGGUCAUGGCGAACGGCACGCUGUUCAUCCAGAGCUUCCAGAAACGCAAAGAGGGGAGCGAAUCGGACGUGGGCGAGUACGACUGUGCCGCCCAAAACCGAUUCGGCUUGCUGGUCAGCCGCAAGGCCAAGGUCGCCUUGGCAUCUUUACCCAAGUUCCACACCCACCCGGUGUCCAUGACUGUGGACGAGGGAGGCGUCGCCCGCUUCCAGUGUCAGAUUAAUGGAGUACCUGAGGCCAAGAUCACCUGGGAGAAAGACAACGUUCCAUUUAGCACCACAGACAAAAGGUACACGCUGCUGCCCAUGGGUAUUCUCCAGGUGACGGGUGUGAGACAGGUGGAUGCCGGCAUUUUCAGGUGUUUUGCCACCAACCCAGCCAACACUCGCUACAGCCACGAGGCCGUUCUCAACGUGACGGGUGGAGCUUCUAGAAUCUACAAAGAGCCAGUCAUAUUGUCAGGACCUCAGAAUCUGACCCUGACCGUGCAUCAGACAGCCAUUUUAGAGUGCAUCGCCACCGGAAACCCAAAGCCUAUAGUUUCCUGGAGCAGGCUAGAUGGACGCUCCAUUGGGGUGGAGGGUAUCCAGGUUCUGGGAACAGGGAACCUGAUGAUCUCAGACGUGUCCAUUCAGCACUCUGGUGUGUACGUGUGCGCUGCAAACCGGCCCGGCACCAGAAUGAGGCGCACAGCGCUCGGGCGACUCGUGGUACAAGCUCCCCCUGAGUUCCUGCAGUGGCCGCAGUCUGUGUCCAAAACAGCAGGGGGCAGCGCUGUGUUCAGCUGCGUGGCCCAGGGUGUCCCUGAGCCUCACCUCAUCUGGCUGAAGAAUGGCAAAGUCUUGACUCCUGGACACAACGUCAAACUGACUAACAACAACAGCACUCUGGCUCUGACCCGCAUCACGUCAGAGGACGAGGCCAUCUACCAGUGCAUCGCUGAAAACAGUGCCGGGACCAACCAGGCCAGCGCCCGUCUGGCCGUGGUCCAGGGUAAAGACCUGCCCGCUGCCCCCGAGGGCUUCAGAGCCAGCGCCCUGACCACCAACGUCCUGCAGAUCACAUGGGAUCAGCCGCCAGCAGAGGUCACCGACGGCAUCAUCGGAUACGUCCUGCACAUCCGCAAGAUCGGCGAGCCGGACACUCUGGAGCUGCAGGAAGCCAUCAGUAAAGGCACCUUCAAGCAUGACAUCACCAACCUGGAACCAGCCACCACCUACUCCCUCUACCUGAAGGCCUACUCUCCUCUGGGAGCCAGUCAGCAGUCGCACACUGUGGUGGAGACGACACUGGGCGACGUGCCGACCCCUCCCACCUUCUUCACCAAAGUGGUGAAUUCCACUGCGGUGCAGGUUCUGUGGGAGCUGCCCAGUAAGGCCGGCAAAGCUGAGGGCUUCAGGCUGUCCUACCGCAAAGUCCCCCACUCGGACUUCCAGGGACCGGUCCAGCUGCCGCAUCACGUCAAUGCCCACAUCAUCUCAAACCUGGAACCGGGGGCAGUGUAUGAAAUUAAGCUGGUGGCCUACAAUGGAAACGGGGAUAGCGACUGCUCCAAGAGACUGGUGUCACUGGCAGAUGAGGGCAGCAGUGACCAAAGCACUGGUGGGGACAGUCUGUGUCAGUGCAGGGACGGAGAGGCCUCUCUGGGCAGCAUCGUCAUUGGCAUCCACAUCGGCACCGCCUGCAUCAUCUUCUGCGUUCUCUUCCUCAUGUUUGGAUACCGUCGCAGCCUUUUUUGCAGCAAGGGGACUCAGGACAGCUGGUCUGUGCCGAGGAACAACGCAGGACACAAUGGAAACGCUAAAGACGGCGCAAAGUGCCACAGAGUGGAGUCAGUGCCUCAGGUGGUCUCUCAGUGCCAGGUCAUCGUGGAGCCGGAGUCGUCAGGUUUGCCUGGCAUAAGCACUGGCUAACACUGGUCAAGAAUAGCAACAUUAACACCCCUCCAACUUCCUCCCCUUCCUACCCACCCCUGCCCCUUUAGAGAGUCCAGUCAAAGGUUUAGUCUCCCCCCCCAAAACCUGCUGCUAUAACCCCAGUGCCCCCCACCCCACAGUACUAUAACAGAAUACUGUACCCACUACACCUCCAACCCUACCUUGAACCAAAGCAUAUUGCCUUUACUGCCUGUGCACAUGCACGUGUGCAUGUUGACAAAGCCUUCAGAAAGCAUUGUCACUCCAGAUUAGGCCCAGUCAAAUUCUUUUUGUGUGCACAAACACUCGCUGUCACUUCUGCCAGUGGAAGUCUGCUCCAUAACCAAAAUAUAUUAUUCCCCAGACUUCCGCAGGCGAGUGGAUACGUGACGUGUUUUACCGUCUUAAAAACACCAAAAUGAAGCCAAAUAAUUUAAAGUGACUGGGCCAAUGAGUCUGUUGUGUCAGAUCUCUCAUCGAGUUUGCCUUCAAUUUCUCUGCAAUAAGAAAGGGAAGAAACACAGCUGCCUUUGUGAGCGCCUUACAGAGGUGAGAGUCCGAGUAGAAGUGACAGUACAAGCCAUUUAGAAGAAUCAUGUACACAAGCAUUCUGUAUACAUAUCUUCCAAAGAAAGCUACCUCAGUCUGACAAGAAUGUCCGAGCCAUAGUUGAGGCCAAUGUUAGCCUGUUGAUGCUGCUUGUGCCAGCCUACCUCAACCAAAAAAACCUUUUUAACCUUCACCUAGUUACUUGACCAGUGCCAAUGCCAGUGUUCCGUGCAGGCUGCCAACCAGGCCAGUCCAGAGUGUGCCUACCAGGAUGACCACCGUGGAGAGCAUAACCACGGCAGAGCCUGACUUCCACUGCCACCAACUGAAGCCUUACCGUAACGGAGAUUUCCAUGAGCCUGAACUAGUUCAAGCCAGGUCGCCUGUUGUUUCCACCAACAACAAGUCUUUUCUGUUCCGACACCGGAAAAUGUCAAGGAGGCCCUGUUGCCUUGAGUCCCCGAUCGUCACUGUUUCACAGCCGUGGCUUUCAAAUAUGAAGUGAAUCUCCAAAAACACAUUUUGUGCAGAGGAUGCAGCACAUAGAAAAUAUGGGAGCGUAGACUGUUACCUGAACAUUGAAGCCUACGCGUUCCAUGUUUUUCUAUGAUGUCCAUCGAAGAAAACAAGUGCAGAGUGCCCGUUUGGUCUGCACAAACCUGAUGGCACAAAGAAGAUGAGUCGUGUUUUGGCGCCACGCUGCCAAGUUAACUCUCCAGAUGCCAAAUCGGUCACCCUGGGACCUCAAAGACCCUGAGUUGGCAGCUUAGGAAGUUUAAAAGUGAUGCUUGCCUGAAUGCACGGACAAGGCUUGCGUCUCACCGUGUCAGCCUAUCCCAAAAAAAAGAAAUUCUUGUAUGAAAACCAAGUUGAAUGAUACCCAAAGAUGUAGACAUUUUGACGGUUUUCUUUAGUUUACUUUUAAAUGUUCUUUUAAGAGAGACUACAUUUUCUUACAGUUUUGGACUGUUCCUGUUCGAAGGAGUCACCUGUGUUUAAAGUGCUUUAACAGAACCCGCGCCAAAAACAAAAGAUUUACCUCAUAAUUUCAUAACAUUUUAUUUCUUUCUUUAAAAAAAAUAAUAUACCGUUUGUCACUUGCUUUAGUUUGGAAAUUAUUCCAGGUGUACGCCUUCAACAUGGAACUGUAUUUUGUUUAUUCUAACAUUUCAUUUUUAAAAUGACCAAAUGAAGAUGUCAAAUAUUUUAAAAAAGGACUUUUAUGUCAAUAGUAUAAGGAAUACUUGCUUUCUAUUUUUAAGUAGGUAAGUUUGUGCCAACUAUUUAGCUAAUUUUUAAGAAAUAUGUAACCAAAUACCUCUACAUUUUAACAUUCCCAGUUUUAACCUUUUCAUGUCCUCAUAGCCAAAGCACAGAAACAUGCGUGUGAGCAUGGAAAUAUGAUGUAUGUGUGUGGAGAGCAAACAGUAGGUGAACGUUGAGGGCAGCAGAUUUAAAUGGAGCCACACUUUUAGAUUCAAUGUCAAUAACCAAAGAAAAACAGCUUACAAUAUAAACAUCUACACACAGAAUUAUUUCUGUCUUAAUGGGCAGAAAUAUACACACACAAAAUGAGCUAUCGUCUCUGAACUACCAACCAAACAGGGAACAGUAGCUACACUGCUAACACCACUGUGUAGCUAGGCAGCUAGCUUAGCUGUAGCACAACAAAAUGAACACCACAAAAUAACUUACCUGCAAAUGUUCUAAAAACCUGCCUGUUAGUGUAAAUAUACAGAGUCUUUGGGACAAGAUUUUGUUGCCAGAAAGCCGUUUUAACAUUUAAUCACCAAGUUUGACUGUCUGACUUACAGAUAUCUGUGAAAAUGGUGUCACAGGUGUUUAUAAUUCAGUUUCUACUAGCCAAAAUGACCUCACAGAUAUCCGUAAUUUAAUUAUUUGUCAAAAUGUAUAUCCGUAUUUCAGGUUUUUACUCGAGAGAUUCAAACUAGUUUUGCCAUUCAAGUGUAUGGGGUUUGGCAUUUUUUAUAUCUACAAUUCAGUUGUGGAUAUCUGUAGCUGAAUUUUAGACGUAUUUCAUUCCAAUUUCAGAUAUCUAAAACGUCAUUAUGUCUAAAAAGGACACUGUAGAUAUAAAAUGAGGAUAAUUAAAGAUAUUUUGAACUUGAAUUAUGACCAGUUUGAGUCUUACUAGCAAAAACUGAAGUGUCAAAAUUAUAUUGUAUUAUAUUAUAGUUUUGACUAGUAAGAAUGACAUUGCAGAUAUCGGUAGUGAAUAUCCUGUCUAGUAAUUAAAAAAACCCGGCUUGCCUUAGACUCCUGGUUUCGAGUUUGACCGAUCACGACUGAACAGGAUUUCGUUAGCCUGCAGUAAACCGAAUUUCGUAAACCUGCUAGCUGUGAAGAAACAUCUAGUUGUAAAAGUCGUCUCUCAACUGUGAGUCCAUUCUUGCGUCCCACGUUGUUUUUUAAGAAGUGUUAAGCGUGUAAGGCAAACAGAAAACACCAGUCUGGGCCUGGAUAUACAUUUAUACAUCUAUACAUUGGCAACAGCACCCAAAAUAUUAGCCAUAGCCAACCAGAUGAUGACGCUAAUAUGCUAAAUGGAGUGAUGUCAAUAUUCACCACUGCUAACAAAAAACUGAGAAAAUGUGCCUCUUGUUAAAUGACCACAGAAGUUCAUACAGUGUUUGAUGGGUCAAAAGUGUGUGUUGCCUCAAGCUUUAAUGUUCCUCAAGGUUUAUCUUAAUGUUUUAUAUGAGUAUGAAAGGUUAAUUCAAAACAGCAGUAUAAACCUCAGGGCCUGUGCCCUUCUAUUCUUUUAUUUUUUACACAGCUGAAUGACGUUAACGCGAUGCCAAAAAAGUGUAUUUGAUAUGGAUGACUGAGAAAAAGUCAGUGUUUUAUAUAGUGAGAAUUAAGUGUGUAGUUGUUGAGCUAGUUUUUUUUAAAAGGGAAAGAAUCUGUAACUUCUUUUUUGAACCAUUCCUUUGUCUCUUUUCAUUUGAGUCUUAUUGCGUUCCUCCUGUUGUGCACAGGAAAAGGUGCCACAAGUGUUCACUCUUUUUUUACAAAAAGGUUUUUAUUGUAAUUAUUAAUUAUUGUUAGAAUUGAUGCCAUUCAUUAUGAUAAGUUCAACAUUUUGCUGUUUCUUUUUGACAUGUGUAAGGAAAAAAAGGAUCUUAGGAUUGCUUUGUGAUGAGUUUUCAAGAGACAUUUUGUUUUUUAGCCAAAUUUGCUUUCUGCCCUGAAGAGUCAGUUUAUUAUAGGGAACAAAGAAGUAUAAGAAAAGGGAAAAAAAAAUGUAGGAAUGUAGAAACUGGCUGCUAGUACCAAUGAGAAACAGUGCUUUAAUAAUGUUCUCAAAGCUUUCCACUGGUGUACUGAUGGCAACUGCAAAAUGAAAGCUUUACACUGUAAAGACUGAGGUUGUGUACUUGGUCUUUAGGUAACGUGGAAAGGUCAGGAUUGACUGACUGUGGUUGCGCUGCAUGAGGAAACACGGAGACCAAGCUGUGACUUCAUUGACUUCUUUUCAUGUUUAGAUAUUUAUCUUUUUAUCAGUUUAAUGUAGAACAUUCGCACAAAUCACAAAAACAGUGUCAUAUUUUGGAUUCUGCCAAUUUUACUGAGGUUUACCAGCCUAAUUAUUUAGAUUUCUGUUGUUUGAAUACAUCAGUUUACAGACUGUAAAUUGACUCAUUAUACUUGCAAUUGGAAAAACUGGGUAAUGUAGGGGAGGAUUGUUUUUGUGAUUUGUGUGAACUAUAAGCUUAUUUAUUUAGCCUCAGGGCUUCCACUGUUAGUAAUUAACUUGAAAAUGUAGUUAAAAGCUCAUUAAAAACAAAAACUUAUAUUUAUUGAGAAUUUAGUUUUUCCAGUUCCUUUAAGCUACCCAUCUAGCUGCACUAGAAGCCGAACAUUUAUUUUAAAAAAAUAAUAAUAAAUAAUAAUACAAAUAAUAAUGACCAUAGAACAAACCAUUACUGUUUGUUACUUUAGCAGAAAUAACCUGGGAUUAAAAUGUUCCUUUUUAAAUUAUGUCAAAUUGAAUUGUGUUAAUAUUGAAUUUAAAACAAAUAAUAAAAGUGGUAUAAUUUUAUUAACUAAGCUAUUUUAAAAGUUUAAAAGCAGUAUUUUCAGCUUUCCUACCAAACAGCUUGGUCUCUGUGCAACUGCAGACGUCUCUAAUGUCAGACUUCACUCUGCCUUUUCGCUCUCUCUCUUCACAACCCAACUUGCCUAAAACCAAAUAAAGACAUUUUGUUUAA